CCUGGGGGGAGCUGGGAUUGAACCGCCGACCUUCUGAUUACUCUGCCAACCCGCUCCACGUCCUGAGCCACAGCCGCCCCAUAGUAUAUUCAGACAUAGUACGCACAACGCUGCCAUGUGAUAUCGGUUACAGGAAGAGUGGAGGGCCAUUGGAGCUGCUGUGGCACUCCCUGGAUGAGUGGCUGGUGCUCAUCUCCAAAGAGCUGGACAGGAACAGGAAGAACCCAGGUUCCUCCUCAAGCAGCGAAAUAGCCUCUCUGCUCCUCAAACAGUGCGAAGUUGACCACUCCGGCUCCACGCCAAAGCUCCCCUCCUUGCUGGACCCUCAGAUCGUCAUGGAAACAGACGGAGAGGACGUCAUCUCUAUGACAGCCAAUCGUCUCAGUGCUGUGAUCCAGGCCUUCUAUAUGUGCUGCUCCUGUCAGAUGCCAAAAGGGUCUGUCCUCGGCCUUCAUCUGUCAGCUGUCAUAUCUAAUCAGUAUAUCAAGAAGCAUCAUUUAACAUGA